CUUCGUCAACUCACAUAAUUGACCUUCAUUUAAUUUCCUCAAUUUCCAAAUAUAUUGUUCCAACACCAGCGUUUAUGUGGUCAUUUGGUAAAUAUUUUCAUCAAGUCAUGAGGCACCCAGUAGAAAUAUGGGGAAACCAUUAUCCUAGGAAUAAAUUCAUGCUUAACUUGUAUUUGAUCGCGGUGCUGACACUUCAAAUCGAAAGCGCGUUUUUAUCCAAUGAAUCAACCAAAUCAUUUAUGUACAACAUAAUUGAACAACUUCUCGAAGAUCUUAACAGUUAUUGCGAAUGUCAAAUACCUAUUAACUCAGCAAAUACGAUUAAUCUGAAGUUGUUUCCAACAUAUCGAAAUCCACCACCAGUAUAUGAUUAUCAAGUACCAAUUUGUACCGUUAAUCUUAAAGCAUGGAUGGUGGCGAAAUCUAUUAAUGGCAUUCAUCAUGUUAAAAAGAUUGCUGAAUUAGCUGAUGUAGAUUAUGGGCUUGCUCGAAAGUGCAUGGAACACCUUUUAUACUAUGGAUGUAUUAUUAUGGUUGAUAUCUUUCAGUCUGAUAUUACAAAAGUAAUCGAAGAUGAAACUAUUCAAAGUGAAUGUCUGUCUUAUGUGAGAAAACGAGGCAAAAUACCACCACUAUUUGCAAAGUUAUUUUCACUUUACUGUCAAUUGAAGCAUGGAUCAACUCUUAAAGAAUGGAUUCAAGAAAAUAAAGAAGUUACAUCAUUGAAUAUUGACAUUCG